AUUGCGUCAUAACUCCGCGCCGCGUGCGACGCAACUGUGGAGGACACCGAACAUGAGACACCUUGGAGGCUUAUUUCUUCUGCUAGCACCACUAUCUUGGUGUUAUAUUUUGGGUGCUGAGGCUCAGUCUCUGCACGCCUGCCACCAGCAGCGUGGGUUCAGGUGCAGUGAUGGCUUGUGCAUCCAGAGACUGAGAGUGUGUGACGGGCACAAAGACUGUGAGGACGGAUCUGAUGAACAACGCUGUGAUUUCAUGUCCUGUAAGAAGGAUGAGUUUGCCUGCCGCAGCAGGCUUUGUAUAUCUUCUCAUUUACGCUGCAAUGGCGUAGAGGACUGUGGCGACGGCAGUGAUGAGGCGUCCUGCUUGAACUGCAGCAUCCCUGGGACUUUCUCCUGCGGACCGUCUGACACCUGCCUGCCCAGAAACAAGCUGUGUGACGGGAGAACUGACUGCAAAGACGGGCGGGACGAGUCUCCACACAUGUGUGUUUUGCCUCGGCCACGCCCGCAGACUUCUCCCGUGUGUGCGCCGUUUGAGUUUCAGUGUGGGGACGGGCACUGCAUCCGUCAGACUUGGAGGUGUGACCACUCCCCAGACUGCUCUGAUAGCAGCGAUGAGGACAACUGUGACCAGAAUGAAUGUCUGGUCGAUAAUGGAGGUUGCUCUCACCGGUGUGUGGACCAGCUGAUGGGUUUCCUCUGCGACUGUCCCAGCAACAUGAAGCUGGUCGGGAACAGCCAGUGUGAGGAGGUUGACCCGUGUCUGGAGAGCGAUGUGUGUGAUCAGCUGUGUGUUCACAUGAACGGCAGCCUCACAUGUGACUGUCAGGAUGGUUACCAGAGGAUUCAAACAACGAGCGAGUGCAAAGCCAAAGGAGAAGAGGCUCAGCUGGUUUUCCCAUCUUCUCAAGGAAUACGAACGAUCAGCGUCACUGGCACGGAGCACAGGAGGCCAGCUCUAUAUUUACCAGGAUCGGGGCCGGUGGCGACUCUGGUCUCUAACCGAACUCUGUACUGGGCCCGGCCAGGACGAGGCUCUGUGUACAGGGUCUCUUUGGAUGGAAAUAAAAAGGAUUCGGCGUUGGUGUUGAAAGUUGAAGGAUCGGUGUCAGGCCUGGCUGUGGACUGGAUCCAUCAGCUCCUCUACUGGACCAGUAUGGAGAGCGGUUCUGUGAACGUUGGUCUGCUGGACGGUUCGGCUCAGCGUCCGCUCAUCACCGGACUGGACAGACCUUCAGCAGUGGCUGUGGAUCCUCUCCAAGGGCUGCUCUUGUGGGCUCAGUGUGGUAACUCCCCACAAAUUGAGAGAUCGAGCUUGCAGGGUCGAGACAGGAAGCCUCUGGUCACUUCCUCAAUACGCUUCCCUGUCGCUCUCUCUCUGGAUAUGCCUCGUCAGCUGCUGUACUGGGUGGACCAGGGGAUGAGAAGCAUCUCCAGGGUAAAUCUAGAGGGCCGCCACCGAAAAACAGUGGUAGAGUCUAACGGUUAUCUGGACCGGCCCUUUGGACUUGCUGUGUUUGAGGGUUUUUUAUAUUGGAGUGAAGAAGUUACGCACUCCAUCUGCCGAGCCAACAAACACAACGGCGGAAACCUCCAAGUUCUGCUGUCAAACGUCACCUCACCUGGGGGCGUGGUCAUCGUUCAGCCGGCCCUCCAACCAAACGGGCCGUCUGUAUGCAGGCAUGCUGGGACGGUGUGCCAACAGGAGUAUGUUGUCGACCUGAUGUCUCAGAGUCCACAGUUCAACUGCACUUGUUCGGAAAAAAAACAAAACACGUCUCAAGAAAUUCCCGUCAAUUCGCGGACAGUCCCUGCAACAUCCGUAUCUGACCCUGCCUUUGCUGGGAUCCUCUCUCUUAUAAUGUUUCUCAGUGUGCUGCUGGGGGGAAUGGCUCUGUGGUGGUGGAGAGAGGAGUUCAGGCCGUCCCGGUCCCUCAUGGAGCAGAGCUUCUCCCUCAAAGAGUCCCAGGACCCCCUCAUCAUCCAGGGGCCACACAUGGGUCCAAACACACGUCUAGUCAAGGACACUCUGCUAAAGCGGGACGGAGAUGCUGAAUGAAGACGGUGCGGGACAGAAGGCCAGCUCCAUGUGCUGCAGUGACCUCAGAGCUGACGGAGCAACAGGAACACAAACCAGUUCAUCACCCCGUCCUGUUCCCGCCUCCGCAGGUUAAACUCUCAUGAGAGAAAUAACCCAGGGUUCAUUUCAAAGUUCAGAUGGGGACAGGCUUCAUGCUGUGACUCCUGUUUUGAGGAAUGUUACUUUCAGAAGUUGGCGUUGAUAACGUUUGUCUAUUUUCUAUUUCUCUGCGCUUAAGAGAGUGGUGGAAAUGUGAAGUCUUCAGAUUAGACCUGAACAUGAAAUAAUCAACUGUUUUGAUUAUUUAAGUCGUUGCUGGUUCCAGCUUCUGCGUUUCAAUUUUUUUCAAAGACAGUGAUCUAAAUAUAUUCAGGAUUUAGAUUAUUUGCUGAUCGGUUAAAAUAAUAAAAUAGCAGACUCUGCAUUUUUCAGGAUUUGCUCAGACAGUACAAACCAUUUAUUCACUGACUGUAAUAAUAAUAAUUGCAGUGCUACUGUAAAUGCAUAUCUUUUGUUUAAUUGCACUUUCUCUUUCAUCGUUUAUUUAAUCUUAUUUCAAUAACAACUCUAUUUUUAUAACGUUAAGGACGGUUUGUACUCUCCAAUAUGAAACAGCUAACUGAAAAGUGUUCCACUGGUUUGUUCCUGGCCUUUAGGAGUUCACUCUCUUUCUUUGUAAGUCAGAUAAAAGCAUUAUGGCAUUUUGAAUGUACGCUUUGUUCUGUGAACAGUCUAACUGGAUAGUUAAAUUGCUGUAGUACGCUUAUCCACUUUCUUACCAAAAGUUGGAUGAGAAGAUAGGUACCACUCUCCUGAACGGUAGUGAUCAUCUCAUAUAACUCGAUAAGAAAAGUGAAUUUAACUAUUCAGUUGAAGCUUGCAAAACUUUAUUGGUUUGAGUAAGGGUAACAUUUUGACCAUAAAAUCAAAGGAUCAGCAAAUUUAGACAAAUCCAUUAUCUUGAGACCGUGAAUAUUUGAAAUAAAUAUCAUGGUGAUCCAGCAAAGAGUUGUUGAGAAAUCUUGAUCCCGCCCAUAAGGCUGGGUAAGAAUGUUUCCCAUUUUCCGAGCAGUAAAGUUUUGGAACAUUUAAUUUAGCCUUUGAUUCUCUUUUGUCUUUCAUCGAAUCUGUUAUCCUGUACCUUGCCUACAGUGACAUUGGACCGGGUGUGCCCUGAGCUGCCUUUAACAAAAACAGUUCUAAAUGUGGCCUUGAUUUUCGAUGCAGCGUUGACGCACCAAUUAUUGGUGUAUUUUUUGGAUUCUAUAAUUUAAUUUGAAGAUGCCUUUUCAAUUUAAAAACAACAGGUCAGUGCAGUAGGUUUUGUUUCUCAAAGGGGACAAUUGCAAUAAACACAUCUGGAUUUGUGACUUUGUUAAUAUUUUGGAUCAACUCAUUAUGAGGCAGAGAUGUCCUCCUCACACUGUUUAAUUGUUAAUAAACUAAUGUUUUUUUGGCUACGUCAACAAGAAAUGCCAAAAAAAUGUAUAUCUAAUCUUUUUUUUGUCUUAGAAUGUUGCACAAAAUGAUGUGCUGGUACAACGGGAACAAAUAUGUGUUGUUGCUUUGUUUGCUUUGUUUGGUUUGGUGUGAUGUAUCCUGGGUGUUGAGUACACAGAGCCUGGCACGAAGCUGUUGGAGUGAAUGUUUGGUUUAUCAACCUGCCUUGUUUGAAUUCAGUCAUUUUUCGUUGUUGUUUUAGUCUCAGAGAAACGCACAAUUCUGUAUGAUCGAUAAUAUUCAUUCAGCAUUGAAUAAGAGAAAAUUCUUUAACUGUGCUCAAACUGCUGAGAUGUGUGGUUGAUAUUUAUUUUUAAAGUUGGAUUUUAUUUAUAUUUUGGUAGCAGUAGUUAGUGUAGCACUGACUUUGCACUAUAGAAAAACUGCUAGAUGCUGUAAAUGAAUAAAAUAAAGUAUUUUAUGUUU